AUGCUAUCGACGGCGGCAAUCUCAACUCCUGGCGUGAGAAACGUAUUUGCGCAAGCAAUGACUGAAUUGAAGCGGAAGAGCACAAACGGCAUCCCUUCCGACGUGGAUACUGGCAGUGACACUGACGACAGGCAUAACGAAACUGUCAUUGAGAAGCAACAUGAACGGGAAUGA